GCAAGAUGGCGGCGCCCUACCGGCUUCCGUGCGCCUAGGCGUUCCGGGCGGCUCAGCGUUUUCCUCAGCAUGUUCCUCCUCCGAGACAGUGGCCGCUGGGCCGCGGCGUCCCUCGGCAGACGCUUGCGUCUGUCUCGCCUCCGCAGCGACAGCGCGGAGCCCGGCAGCCCGCACUUCGAUGUGGUAGUGAUCGGAGGAGGGCACGCGGGGACCGAGGCGGCCGCCGCCUCCGCUCGCUGCGGCUCGCGGACUCUGCUCCUCACACACCGCAUAGACACGAUCGGUCAGAUGUCAUGUAAUCCUUCCUUUGGUGGCAUUGGAAAGGGGCAUUUGAUGAGGGAAGUCGAUGCAUUGGACGGCCUGUGCUCUCGAAUCUGUGACCAAUCUGGUGUACACUACAAAGUAUUGAACCGGCGUAAGGGCCCUGCUGUGUGGGGACUGAGAGCACAAAUUGAUCGGAAACUUUAUAAACAGAACAUGCAGAAGGAAAUCCUGAAUACACCCCUGCUCACCGUUCAGGAGGGGGCUGUAGAAGAUCUAGUUCUCACAGAACCGGAGCCUGGAUACCCUGGCAAGUCCAGGGUCAGAGGUGUUGUCUUGGCAGAUGGAAGUACAGUUUAUGCAGAGAGUGUAGUUCUGACUACUGGGACAUUUCUGAGAGGUGUGAUCAUAAUUGGAUUGGAGACACAUCCUGCAGGACGUUUGGGGGAUCAGCCCUCCAUAGGGUUGGCUCAGACCCUGGAGAAGUUGGGGUUUCGGGUAGGAAGACUGAAAACUGGGACUCCACCCCGACUUGCUAAAGAUUCCAUUAAUUUCAGCAUUCUAAACAAGCACACACCAGAUAACCCAUCCCUGCCCUUCAGCUUCCUCAGUGAUGCAGUGUGGAUCCGGCCGGAAGAUCAACUGCCAUGUUACUUGACUCACACCAACCCCAGAGUGGAUGAGAUUGUCCUUGAGAACCUCCACCUGAAUAGCCAUGUUAGGGAAACUACAAGAGGGCCCCGAUACUGUCCCUCCAUUGAAUCAAAAGUCUUACGUUUUCCAAACCGCCUGCAUCAGGUUUGGUUGGAACCUGAAGGAAUGGAUUCUGACCUCAUCUACCCCCAAGGGUUAUCUGUUACACUGCCAGCUGAGUUACAAGAGAAAAUGAUAACAUGUAUCAGGGGCUUGGAGAAAGCCAAGAUGGUUCAUCCAGGCUAUGGUGUUCAGUAUGAUUAUUUAGAUCCCCGUCAGAUCAGUCCUUCCCUCGAGACACAUUUGGUUCAACGGCUGUUCUUUGCUGGACAGAUAAAUGGAACAACUGGUUAUGAGGAAGCUGCAGCUCAGGGCGUGAUAGCUGGAAUCAAUGCCAGUCUUCGAGUCCGGCAAAAACCACCCUUUGUUGUAAGUCGCACAGAAGGCUACAUAGGCGUCUUGAUUGAUGACCUCACCACACUGGGCACCAUCGAACCAUACCGAAUGUUCACUAGCAGAGUAGAGUUCCGCUUGUCACUGCGUCCAGACAAUGCUGACAUCCGGCUCACAUUUCGAGCCCAUAAGGACACUGGUUGUGUGUCCCCACAGCGCUAUGAAAGAGCUUCGUGGAUGAAGUCUUCUUUAGAAGAAGGUAUUUCUGUGUUGAAAUCCAUUGAGUUUUCAAGCUCCAAGUGGAAAAAGUUACUUCCACAAGCUCCUAUAAGUAUUACUAGAAGCCUUCCUGUCAGUGCUCUGAAUGUUCUUAAGUAUGAAGAAGUUGACCUGGAGUUACUAGCAGGUGCUGUUCCUGAGCCGUUGAAGAAGUAUGCUGCAUAUAAAGAGCUGGCUAGAAGACUGAAAAUAGAAGCCAUUUAUGAGUCAGUAUUGUUGUAUCAACUACAAGAAAUAAAGGAGGUUCAGCGAGAUGAAGCUUUGCAGCUGCCACAAGAUCUAGAUUAUCUAACAAUCAAGGAUGUAUCAUUGUCCCAAGAAGUUCGAGAGAAGCUGCACUUGAGUCGUCCACAGACGAUUGGAGCUGCUAGUCGUAUACCUGGAGUGACACCAGCUGCCAUCAUCAAUCUGCUCAGAUUUGUGAAGAGUACUCGGCAAAGACAGGCAGCAGUGAUGGAGCACCAAACCAAUCCAUGCAUGUGAUACAAAGACUUUGAGACAGAGUUGUUUACUUUCAUUUCAUAGAGGCAGGCCUUGUAGGAAGAGGGCUUGGAGCAGUGGUUCUCAGCCUUCCUAAUGCUGUGACCCCUUAACACAGUUCAUGUUAUGAUGACCCCCAACCACAAAAUUAUUUUGUUGCUACUUCAUAACCAUAGUUUUACUACUGUUAAUGUAAAUAUCUGAUAUGCAGUAUAUCUGAUAUGUGACCCCCGUGGGUGUCACAACCCACAGGUAGAGAACUGCUGAAUUAGAGCUUAUAAAUAGAAAAUAAAUAUAACACCUGUGAAAAUA